GUUUUAUUUGUAAAUCCCCGCUGUUUUGCCGAAACUAAAGAUGCUAGUUCUUCUCCCGUGAAAUGCCGACCUGACGAUCCGACAUGAGACUCACGCUUGUUUCUUGUUUCUUCAAGAAACUCCAACAUAUUCCCGGACACUUGACAAAAGGGAAAGUCCGUCUCUACCCUUACAUUACUGAAAGAAUGAAGAAAAAAGCUCUAGAAGAUCUUCUACGAGAAAAGAACAACCUGGAAAUUCUGUCAAAGUCGUUUCUCUCCCAGGGAGAAGAAAUCAAUCACAUGAGCGAACGCAGGGCUCAGAGAAAGACUGAAUUGUUUCGAUCUCGGCCACAAAAAACCUGGUAUAAGAAUGUUGUUGCUGAAGAUUGCUUCAAAUCUCUGAAUGUUAGUAAAAAAUGGGAAUAAAUAUUUAUAACUACUUUUCAAA